AUGUCCUUCACGCACACCUUCAAUCUAGCUGGCCCCGGCCUGAGACCCAGCUCACCUCUUCUCCGCCCUGGCUGCCCCAUCUACCUGCCCGGAGACACCAGCUCCCAAGGCUGGGCAGACUCCAGGAGUCCCCUCUGCCCAGAUAGAAGAUGGGUGGGGGUGGGGUGGGGGACUGUCGAGCCCCAGGUGCGGCCUGCACCGCCUGCAGUCCUCCUGACUGACAAGGAGGGGAGACAGCUGUCGCCCGACGAGGCCCUGGACGAGGCCGUGCCUGAGUACCGGGCUCCGGGGAGGAAGAGCCUCCGAGAGAUCCAGCAGCUGGACCCGGAGGACGAGAGCCUGGCCAAGUACAAGCGGGCACUGCUGGGGCCCCUGCUGCCCCUCCCGGACCUGAGCGUGCCCAACGUGCAGGUGACCAGGCUGACGCUGAUGUCUGAGCAGGCGCCCGGGCCCAUCACCAUGGACCUCACAGGGGAGCUGGCCGCGCUGAAAGACCAGGUGUUUGUCCUGAAGGAGGGUGUGGAUUACAAAGUGAAGAUCACCUUCAAGGUCAAUAAGGAGAUCGUCAGCGGCCUCAAGUGUCUGCAUCACACCUACCGCCAGGGCCUGCGUGUGGACAAGGCCGUGUGCAUGUUGGGCAGUUAUGGCCCGAGCGCCCAGGAGUACGAGUUUGUGACCCCGGUGGAGGAGGUGCCUCGAGGAGCCUUGGUGCGGGGUGCCUACGUGGUCACAUCCUUCUUCACUGACGACGACAGGACGGACCACCUGUCCUGGGAGUGGGGCCUCCACAUCUGUCAAGACUGGAAGAGCUGAACGCCCCCCACCCCGGGGUCCUUGUUCCCCGUCCCCUCAGUCAGUGACCGCACCCCCCACCCUCUGCUCCGGUCCUGGGACACCCCCUUCCUGGGCUGGCACUGUGCCCUGAACAGUCCUAAUUAAACGUCACCUUGUCUCCGUU